UCUGACUCGCCCCUGUUGGACCGUUGGAGAGAGAUGGUGAUUUAACUUCCUCAGUUUCAGCCUUGAAGUUUUCCUAAUUUAUUCCUAUUCGUGUAGUUACAUUUACUAACUAACAUUACACGGUGGGGACUAAGCUGUCAAAGCACUUGGCUGCCGGACAGAGUUUGUAGCUGCCUGUCGCACUAACUUUAACCGCUGCUAUCUUUGCUAGCUGCGGGGCUAAUGUCCCACAAGGACAACAUGAGCUAGGUGGAUCUGCUCGCUAACACGGCGAGGAAACCACCUGAAGACACAAGAGGAGCCGAACACCUGUUGCUGUGGCCGGUUUUUCCACUCACAGUUAGCAUGUCGAAUCAGAACCAGCCGGCUUUUCCGACCCAGCAGCAGCCCAACCUGAACUCUGCCCAUUUAUCACAGCUUUUCGUCAAGCCCUUCAACAGUGCCCUAAAAAUCAAAAGGAGCGUAAUAACAGACGACUACAGUGUCACAAGUCAGGUGCUCGGCAUGGGGAUAAACGGCAGAGUGCUGGAAAUAUUCCACAGAGAAACUGGACAAAAGUAUGCCCUGAAGGUAAACAUGUUGAUUAUAGUGGACUGGGAACGUGCGAGCAGCUGCAUAAUGUCACCAGAUGUGAAAACAGACACAAGUCUGCUGUGUAACUGUGAGAUGCUGCAGGACUCUCCAGAGGCCAGGCGGGAGGUGGAGCUCCACUGGAGGGUGUCGCCUUGUCCUCACGUUGUGUCCAUCAUAGAUGUUUAUGAGAAUCUGUACCAGGGCAGGAAGUGCCUCCUCAUCGUGAUGGAGUGCAUGGAUGGAGGCGAAUUAUUCAGUCAUAUCCAAGACAGAGGAAAUCAUGCAUUUACAGAAAGAGAGGCAUCAGACAUCAUGAAAAGUAUAGGAGAAGCCAUUCAUUUCCUGCAUUCCAUCAACAUUGCUCACAGAGACAUCAAGCCAGAGAACCUACUGUACACCUCCAAAAGGCCAGAUGCUCUCCUCAAGCUGACAGAUUUUGGUUUUGCCAAAGAAAUCACUACUUUAAACUCUUUGGCAACGCCAUGUUUUACCCCCUACUAUGUUGCUCCAGAAGUUCUCGGUCCAGAAAAGUAUGACAGAUCCUGUGACAUGUGGUCUCUGGGUGUCAUUAUGUAUAUUCUACUUUGUGGAUAUCCUCCUUUCUUCUCUCAUCGUGGUCUGGCAAUAUCUCCAGGAAUGAAAAGGCGGAUCUGUAAAGGGCAAUAUGAGUUUCCUAAUCCAGAGUGGUCUGAUGUGUCUGAAGAAGCCAAACAGCUGAUCUGCCACCUGUUGAAAACCGAGCCGACCCAGAGAAUGAGCAUCAAUGAGUUUGUAAACCAUCCAUGGAUCAAUCAGUCAGUGGAGGUUCCACAAACACCUCUUCACACCAGCCGUGUGCUGCACGAGGAACAAGAAGUCUGGGAGAAGGUGAAGGAGGAAAUGACAAAUGCCCUGCAAACGAUGAGAGUGGACUAUGAUCAGAUUAAAAUCAAAACUAUUGAAGACUCAACUAAUCCUCUACUCUUGAAGAGAAGAAAGAAAACUAAAAACACAGCCACGCAGAAUCCUGGCUAGCCAAUACAGACGAAAGACAUAAUUUGGUUUUUACAAAAUAAAGAUACAUUUAGACACACACAACCACGUCCAUACAAUUUUGCAGGAAAAAAACUUAUAAGAACUUUGGAGGAAGCAGACUUUGUCAAGUGGUUUUAACAUGUUGGUUGCAGUUUUCUUUUUGUAAAUUACAGAUCCCUUUCUUUUGAAAAAUUUUAAACAUAAAAUUCCCCAAGGCACUGUGGUAAAUGUGUCUCAGAAUUUUGACCUACUUUGCGUUUAAAUUUUUCUGAAGCUUGUUGACUGUCAUUACAGAGAGCAAACAUCUGCUCUAUGUUCUCUAUACUAGGACAGUUUCCAUUAUGUACAUAGUCAGUGAGUCAUUUCACUGCGCUUUGUUGUCUGCUUUGGAUUGUUUUCAGAUGCUUGAGGAUGUUGUUGAGAAAGUUUUGUAGCAUCACUCAUAAUUUUCAAUGGAACGACCAUAACAGACACCAUAACUUUUGUUGUAUACUUUGACCGAUUGUCAGAAGAGCUUCUCCUUGCCACAAAACUGGAGUUUUCUUGCUACAUCAUGGUAGUUAAAAUGCAUUAAGCAAUUGUAGCAGCUUUGCCUCUGAGACGAGUGAAAAUUGCAUUAGAAUGACAAACUUAUGCUGCUAAUUGAACUCUUCAAGUUUCAUUUGGAUUUGUUUUCUUUAAUGCAGAAACUGUCUGUUGUUUACUUUGAAUUAUAAGUCUUGAUUUUC